AAUUGGGACAAGGAAGAUCUGGGUGAAUUUUUCUGUUCCGCCGUAACUUCGCUGUCAAUCAUUCCUUCGCCAUCACUUCCCGAGAAUCAAACAGUUCCCAAAGUUUCUGUUUCUUUGAGAAUCACUGUGAUGGCUAAUGCCCUUCCGUCGUGUCGAUCAUCACCGGCGGCUACGAAGGCCGACGGCGAGGAAGAGUGGUCGGCGAAAGAAGAGAAUGUUGAUGAUUCAGAGGUAAUUUUUGAAGCCGAAGUUUUGAAGUUACGAGAUCAAUGGGAGUUGGCAUCGGUUCUGAACUUCUUGAAUGUUUUCGAGCCGGUGAUUGGGAAAAGCUUGAGGAUAUCGGCGGAAGAGAUUGAAAAGGGUUUAAUAAAGCCUGAAAGUUCAUUAGCUGAACUCCACAUUGCACUUUUGAAGGGCAUACCACCUGUUAGUAAAAUGUUAAAUGGUUCUAAUGCAUGGGUGACUGUACUUUGUAAGAAGCUUGCCCCAUGGUGGCCUUGGGUUGCUGAAGGGGAGAUUCCACUGAAGGCUUUUAAAGGAGAGGAGAUAUCAAACUACAAGAAACUUGAUCCUACAAAACGCUUGCUGCUUUUAAAAGCUCUAUGUGAAAUUCGAGCAGAUCAAGAUGAUACAAUAUCAUAUAUUAGCGACUGCUUGAAAGAUAAAACUCAAAUGUCUUGUUUCCAGAAAGAUAGAUUUGGAGGAGAUGGGAAUGGAAUCUCUUAUUGGUAUGAUGGGAAUCCAUUUGUUGGUUAUAGACUAUACAGGGAAGUUAUUAAAUGUGAUACAAAGACAAAAGGUAAACAGAAGGGAAGUGUGUCCCUUCCAAUGUUUAGCACUCGAUGGGAAACAAUGGCCACAAAUCUCGAGGAAUUUCACAAAGUUAAAGACAACUUUUUGUGCAGCAAAUUCACCAGUGAAGUUUCUGUUGGAAGGAAAAUUGAAUCUGAUGCCAUUCCCGUUCUUGAGAAACUCCAGAAGAAGAAGGAGAAGUCCUUGAAACGUAAGCUUAGGGAGGACAAGCUCUUGAAUGACUUUAACAAGGCUUGUAUGGUCGGAGUUACACGCACUUGUCGCAACCGUACACCCGUGAGCUAUACAUUUGAGGAGUACAAUCGAGCAAUUGAUAAUGCCAUUAGGCUAUCUAGGAACGUGAAAAGAACUGAUGAAAAAGAGCAAGGGAUGCAUCACAAGCGCAGUAGAAAAGAUGUUUCUACUAGUGGGAAUUCUGACACAAUGAUGAAAUCAGAGGAUGCCUCUGGAAAUAGCGGCAAGAGUAGCAACAAUGACAGUGUAAGCAAUACGAGCAAAGAAACUGACAUUGACAGUGCUGAUGAUGCCGACAACAAGGAUUAUGAGGACAAAGACAACGGCGACGAUUCAGAUUCCGAUUAUUCCGAUGCAGAAGAGAAGAAUGAAACACUACAUUCAGAACAAGAGACCAAUGUCGAGAAGCCCGCAGAAUUGUGCAGUAAGAGGCCGGAUAGAAGCACGAACCAUAUGAGUAAUAAUGAAAAUAGAAAGGUGAGUGCCAAAAGUAGGUUGAGACAAAGACCAGUUCUUAACUCUGCCCUUGAUGGUGUUGUACCUGAUUCAGAUGAUGAAAAUUGAUGAAAGACAAGCAGCAAACAAGAUACUGCAGCUUAAAGAUCAUUGUGCCAAUCACUAAAACAAUUGGGUAAUGGCUUUUGAUUUAUAUGCUAACCAAUGGAGAUAUUAUUUUUCCUUCAAUUUUUGUGUUAAUAGGUAUUUUGAAUUACAAUGGUUCAUUGGUGAUCUGGAAAAUUUGUUGUUCCCAAUGAUCUUAUUUAAUGUCUUUGGAGAUAGGAGGAAGGAAUUUGUUCCUCCUAAUUCUAAGCAAUUUUUGUGAAUGAUCUAAAUAUUUGUAGUUUAACAUAAA